GGGGGGGGGUGCAUCCAUUCCAUAGAAUUAGAGUGUUUCAGACAUGUUAGGUAGCCAUUUGCAAAGGGGGAAAACAGAGGACCCAAAUCGAUGUUUUCAAGUCAUUUGUCAAUGAUACUGUUCGUUUCGCUUGUUGUGGUUUACAACCUGAUUGAUGCUCUUUUAACAGCUUAUUUGCAUUCAAACACUUGUAAAAAGUGUUUAAAAUAAUGUCUUUCCAUAAUUUUGCUUCUGAGAGGUAAACCACUAAUCAGAUACAGGUCUGUAAUCAAUUACAGUGUAUGUCCAAUUUGAAAAUCGGAGAAACUCUAGCUUUUUUCCAUUCAUUUACAACGUCACCCUCCUAUGUAUAGAAAAGUUCUUGAUGAAACACAAAAUGUCGGCUACAAAAUCAAUACUCACUUUCAGUAAUUUCACAGAAAUUUCAUCCAUACCUGUAGCUUUCAAACUUGACAUUCUUUAAAUUUCUUUCUUCAAAAAUUGUAUAGAUACAGCACAUUUGGAAUUGUGAAUGAGUGAGCCUUUUGGCAUCAGUUGUUAGAUUUAUGCUCUUUUGCUAAUGAACAUUUCAAAUAAAAGAAAUUAACAAAAUCUUUACGUACGUGCGAUCCAUUUUAAUAUGCUCAGCACAACCUUUCAAGGAAGAUCAUGGCGUUAUUCAAAUUUUUAAAAAAAAUUCUUCAAUCUCCUUAUUCUUAUCUUGAUUAGAUUGAGGUAUAAGAUUCAGCUCGAAGGGAAGAGAGAGAAAGGAAAAGACAAAAUUGAAGUAUAAGAUUCAGCUCCAAGAGAAGAGAGAGAAAGGAAAAGACAGAGUUGUACAUGUAUAUUUUUAGAAUUUGGAGACCCUGUCAUGCCUAAUUAUCUAACAGCAGAUGAAAUCUAUGAUCUGUACGAGAGGUGUGUAGAUUUUGCAGAAGAAACAGACGACAGAUAUGCCUUUCUACCUCAGAUGUGGCGGGACAAACCCGAGCAUUACUGGAAGGAUAUAUUUGAAAAGAAAAGAGGCUUCAUGAUCCCUUACAUGAAAGACUUCAAUGGCGAUAAGAGGUCCGCCAUUAACGGAAACAUUAAAGGUCUCUUCUUCAGUUGUGGAAUUGAUCGCAAGAGCAAACGACCGCCAUAUUUCUCUUACUUUGGAAACAAACGUCUGUUUGUAGACGCUGGCGUUCUUCUGAACGAAUCGAAAAACUUGUAUUUUGCAGAUUUUUAUUGUCACUACUACAAUCACUAUGCGACAUUGGUGGUGACAAAUGAGGGGUCAAAGCAGGAUAUAUUCUGCAGGAAUCAUGACCUUUAUCAACUUGACCUUUUCGAUAAUCCUUUGUUGUUUCUUUAUAAUCACAGAGGAAGAAACUCCGUUUAUGUUACCCUUGGUGUCCGAGUAGAAUUAUUUUUUACUGACAAGUUGAAUAUUCCAGGUUUGCUGAGUACUGGAAGGGGGCGGUUGAUGAACGUCCAGUCACGUGGUCGUGGACGCAGUCGCAAAAAUGGAAUCCCCAAAAAAGAUGUAUGCAACAUUUGCAAUUUAUAAAUCCAGAGAACGGUAUUCACUUAGGGGUCACGCAGUAUUGUAUUGGUCGUACUCACUUCUGGUACCGUUUCGGAAUCUUUAAAAACAUGUAUUGAAAACAUGAAUAGUAUGAUGAUAAUCGCGUGAGGAAAGUAUUGGUAUUUUACUGGCCCCUAUAAAUUUUUUAUUGCUGCUAAUGAAUUAAAAACAAUUCUAUUUACAUGUACCUGUGAUCUGCUUUCACAUUAUUUUUGGGUGGAGUGACUGGAAGUGUAACUCUUUCUUUUGAAUAUCUCUGUCUUCGACAAAUAUCCAGUCAAAGGAAGCAUCACACUAUACAACCUAUCGGUAAAUAUUAUAGAUGAAAGGUGACGAUAACGAACAUUAAUCAAUAUCAUAACUCCUAUAAGCAAUGCAAAAUAGAGAGUGGGGCAAACACGGACCCCUGGACACACCAGAGGUGGGAUCAGGUGCCUAGGAGGAGUAAGCAUCCCCUGUCGACCGGUCACACCCGCCGUGAGCCCUACAUCCUGAUCAGGUAAAUGGAGUUAUCCGUCGUAGUCAAAAUCAGUGUGCCAAGAACGGCCUAACAAUCGGUAUGAAAUAGGCCAGACAGCAUUUGACCCAAUGAUAGGUUGUAUUGACGAACUAGAUCGUUAUAACGACCAUAGAAUUUGCGAAGUGCUGAUUUCAAUCGAGACUAUUGAAACCCCUGUACCAUCAACUUGUUUGUCAAUAGCUUGCCUCGAUUUAAAAGCUGACCAUACGCAGAACAAGCUCUUGCGUAUCGAAUCAGUUGAGAGAUAUUUUCGUGGACCGAAGGUGAUUAGUGAAUAGCCACUGGUUAAUUGUGAAACUCAUAAAAACUUUUUAUUUCGAAAUAUUUUAUGCGUCCUGUCCUCCUUGAUUUCUAGAGUUAGAAUUACUUUUUGUCAUGUCUCUUUUUUAUAUAUUGUACCUCUGACUAGUUUUAUUUAUUAAUCUACAUACAUGUAUGUUACUAUUGUAUCUCCAUGUACCAAUAUUGGUUUAAGAGAAUAAACAAAUAUCCGCUAAAGAAAGCAUCAUAUUACACCCUAGAACCGAUCGGUAAAUUAUAAUUUUUUCAUGGAUCGAAGGUACAUGUAAUCAGUAUGAGCCACCGUUUACUUGUGAAACCCAUAAAGAGACGAGUGUUUGGUCACUUUUCGUGUGUGUCGGAGGACUUAUAUCAUUGUAUUUUUCUGUUAUAUUCUGUUAAGUCGUGUAAUUUCCAUCAAAAACUUUAUAAAUGAAUUCUGCAAAAGAUGCAGAAUGUUGUAUUAUUUAAACCCAAGAAUACCCAUAAGAGAAAAAGCUCUGGAAUUCCGCAGCUCAGUAUUUGGUACUGACUAUUCAAUUUAACUAUGAAAUAAAAUAACAAAACAGCUUU